ACUCUUUUUUAUAUUUUGAAAACUCUCUCUUUCCAUAAUUUCAAAAACAAGAAAAACAAAACAGAUAAACCACCAUCUCUUAACCAAAAGCCCAUACUUGUCAUUUACAGAUACUCACUUCCCUUUCUCUCUCUCUUCAUCUCUAGCUUUCCCUUCCUUUCCUUGACCUUUUUCUUCAAACCCUAACUCUCAUUUUUUUUAAAAAUUAUAAUUUCAUUUUAAAAUAUUCACAGCUGAACAAAACUAUACCGCUUUCUUGGUUUUUGUUUGUUCAGUUUUAUCAAGAAUGGGUGCAACAAACGGAGACCCCUCUCACCUAAGUGGCUUCCGAGCAGGUGAUGGACUCUGACCCGUCAUCGUCACUUGCAUUAUGGGGAAGCCCGAGGAUGAACAAACUCUUGCCGUUAGUGUUGUGAAUGAGAAUGUACCGCAAAAUGUGGACACGAGAUUUGUGUGUAAAGGAUGCUCUUGGAUUUAUAGGCUCAUUGGCUUCAAAUGUUUCUUCAUGCUCUUGUUAUCGCUUGCCGUCUUUCUCUCUGCUUUGUUUUGGUUGCCUCCUUUUCUUCAGUUUGCAGAUCAGAAGGAUCUGGAUCUUGAUUCCAAGUUUAAAGAUCAUGACAUUGUUGCAAGUUUCAAUCUUAAGAAACCAGUUUCUUUGCUGGAAGCCAAUAUCAUGCAGCUUGAGUUAGACAUCUAUAACGAGAUUAGCGUUCCAACCAUCAAAGUGGUUAUUUUAUCUCUAGAACCUGAAGCUGGAUCUAACAUUACGAAGGUGGUGUUUGCUGUGGAUCCAGAUACCAAAAAUUCAAAAAUAUCUUUGUAUUCUGAAAGCUUGAUCAGAUCAUCAUUUGUAUCUUUGGUUAUAAACCAAUCAUUCCUUCGCUUGACUACAUCCUUGUUUGGGGACCCGUUCUUAUUUGAGGUUUUGAAAUUCCCUGGAGGAAUUAUUGUGAUUCCUCUACAGAGUGCGUUUCUUCUUCAGAAAGUGCAAAUCCUUUUCAACUUUACCUUGAACUUCUCUAUUUAUCAAAUACAAGUAAAUUUCAAUGAACUGACGAGCCAGCUGAAGUCUGGAUUACAUCUUGCAUCCUAUGAGAACUUGUAUAUAAGCUUGUUGAAUUCCAAAGGUUCAACAGUGGCUCCCCCCACAAUUGUUCAGUCUUCUGUUCUUUUGACUGUUGGAAACACUCCCUCAACCCCAAGGUUGAAGCAGCUGGCUCAGACCAUCACUGGUUCAAAUUCCAAAAACCUUGGCCUAAAUAACACUGUAUUUGGUAAGGUUAAGCAAGUUCAACUUUCAUCUAUCUUGCAACACUCCCUCAAUGGUGGCGAUGGGAGUGCCCCCUCAUCAUCACCUUCUUCUGCUCCUCUUCCUCAUUCCCACCAUCACAACCAUCACCACCACCAUCACCGUCACCAUAACCACAAUGAUCAUCUAGCUCCUGCAAGUUCUCCAACACCUGAGACUCCGACAGCUGCACCUCCGCCAGUGCAUGGUUCACCUGCCUCAAUGAAAAAUUCACCUGCACCCCAGAUAAGUCAUGAGGCAAAGCCUCCAGGCUGUCAUAGAGCGAAUAAAGGGGGAUCUAUGAAAAAGGGAAGGACACAGUCCCAUAUGGCCCCUACCAUUGCUCCCACUAUUUCACCUCACUAUUCUACUGCCUCGCCACAAGCACAUAUAGCUCCACCAACACCUACACCUGCACCUUUCUCCCAUUCACGACCUGCAUUAAGUCCCUUGCCAAAUGUAGCUUUUGCUCAUGCAAGCCCCCCAUCAAAGAGUGGUUCAGACAUGGAACAUCACGACUCAACACUGCCAGCUUCACAAUCUCCUCUUUCAUCUUAUGCAGGUCAUUCAACUGUUCAAUUGGUGUUGUCGCUCUUGUUAGCUGUUGUAUUACAUUUUUAACAAUGAAAGUGAAAUAAUCUAAUGUCAAGAUAAAAUUGCUUCUCUAGUGUUUGAGGGAUUCAAUUGUAUAUUUCAAAGUUAAAUAGACCUUGGAGAAGCUUUGUAAGUGAGAGCAGCAGAAAGACCUCACAUCUGAGUGGAUACAUGUUUUUGUGCAUGUAAAUAUUUGGGUUAAAAAAAAAAAAAAAAAAGCUGGCAGAUGCAGUAUCAGGUCAAAGUCACAGAGGUGGCAGGCCCUUGCUUAUGUGCAGUACUGCUGUUUUGUGUAUUCUCUUCUGCAGAAUGUAAGGAGGUAAAAGUAACAAAUGUAUCACAUUAUUGUUUCUAAUCGUUCAAAGGCCAACCAGGUAUGAAAUUUUGACAUCAUAUUAUAACUCUUCUCUUCUUGUUCUUCUCUGCAGUCUGUCAAAAGUCACUUGUGCUGGCUUGUACUCAAGUGUAUAUUGAUCAAUGAUAUUUUGGACAAUAUUUCAAAUGUCAAAUUCUGUUAACAUAUAAUCCAGUGAUGCUUUUAUCA